UCCGUAACUAGUAGGAAAUCAGAUUGUACAGAAACUGUAUCGUUUCAUGAUCGUUUUAACAAGUACUAAAUUAAUAGAGUGAUAAGUGAAUUUUAAUUGUUUAAUUAAAUAAAAAGAACACAAGAUGACUAGUGAAAAAGAUCAGGAAAAACAUGUGGAAGAUUUGAAUAGAGAUUUGGUGAAAAACUACGGUCUCGGUUUUCGACAUGUGCAAAUGUUAUGCAUGGGAAUAUGCAUAACAGUUUUAUUUAUGGCAAGAAGCAGUAUGGCCGUGGCAGUGCUAGCCAUGUCUGAUGUGAAAAGGAAAAACGACACCAAUAUAGUUAUUUACGACUGGGACCCAAGAACCCAGAAUAUCAUCUUGUCAUCAUUUUUUUGGGGUUACACGACGCUACAAAUACCAGCUGGGAUAUUAUCCAAAAAGUUUGGUGGAAAAAUUAUUCUGUUAUUUGCCUUGUUAGCCAAUGGGGUUUUGUGUUUACUCAUUCCAACAUUGGCGGCGUUGGGCGGUUGGCCUCUAGUGUGCAUGUCUCGUGUUGCAAUGGGUCUGACACAGGCCUGCCUUUUCCCGGCGAGCCAUACUCUCCUUGGACAAUGGCUGCCCCCUAAUGAGCAAACAUCUUACUCCGGUAUUGUGUAUGGAGGUGUUCAGAUCGGUACAAUACUGUCAAUGCCAAUAUCAGGUAUACUAGCCGACACCUCAAUGGGUUGGAAGUCCAUAUUCUACACUAUGUCUGGCUUGCAAUUCGCAGUGGCGAUUAUCUGGUACUUCUUCACAGCCAGUGCACCUAGAGAACAUAAGUUUAUCUCGAAAGAAGAAAGGAUUUAUAUUGAAUCUCGACUUAACAUUAAAGAUACAGGGACCAAGCUACGGAUUCCAUGGCGAGUGAUAUUAACUUCGAAGCCUCUGCUUGCUACUUUAUUGCCGCAUCUCGGUUUCGCUUCGGCAUUCAUGAUAGUGUUUGUUGAUAUGCCAAUGUACAUGGAAAGUGCUUUGGGCAUAUCCUUGAAAAAUAGUUCAGUAUUGUCUGCAUUCCCAUACGUCGGCAUGUGGGCCGCAGGUUUCAUUGCUGCUAUCGUUUCAGAGAAACUCUGUAAUACGGGAAUCUUAACACGAAACGCUUGUAGGAAGACAUUUAAUUCUAUCGGUAUGUUUGGAGUUUCCACCGGUUUAAUCAUUUUAUCCUUCUUGGGUCCUCGACAUGCAACGUUUGCUGUAAUAGCACUCAUCGGAGCGAUGACAUUAGGAGGCUUUACAAUGGCUGGAUUCAUAGUCAAUCAAUUAGAUCUGUCCCCAAACAAUGCUGGUAUAAUAAUGUCCCUGUCAAACUUUAUAUCCAAUAUUGGUGCUGUAUCGAUGACGCUCGCAGCUAGUGCUAUUAUUGGACAAGAUUCUACAGAUGUCAGCCGCUGGCGUAUUGUAUUUCUUUCCAAUGCAGUUCUAUGUACGGCCGCCAACGUGUACUACUUGAUAUUUGGAUCUACAGACAGGCAAGAAUGGGACGAUCCUAAUUAUUUGGACAAGAAAAAAGCUGACCCAGAGGAAACAAAACCUUUCAAAAUGCAAGAGAAAAAGGAAGAAAAAUUAAACAUGGACAAAACAAUUUGAUAUGUUAAUGUUAAUUUGAGAACAUUUUUUUAAUAAAUCAAUUUAAAUGUC